AUGAGUCGUUCAACCCAUUCUUUUUUCAGAGAAUCAAGUCAGGACAAUAUUUCUACAGCACUCCAGAAGGAGAAUACACAGAAUAAAAUGUACAAUAAUGAAGAAAAAGAAAGUAGAAGGGAAUUACCAUGUUGUAUGGGAGAAAUUGACUUCUUGACUACUGGAAAGAAACAGGGAAAGUUUCUUAAGGUUCCAUGUGCCAUCCACCCUGGAGUUAUAUUUGACCUUAUGAGUAACAAGUGGAACCUUCCUGCUCCCAAUCUGGUUGUCUCUUUUGUUGGAGAAGAAGAACACUUUCAGAUGAAAUCUUGGUUACGUGAUACACUGAGGAAAGGAUUGGUUAAGGCCGCCCAAAGCACAGGUGCCUGGAUUUUUACAAGUGCUUUGCACGUUGGAAUAACAAAACAUAUCGGGCAAGCAGUUCAAGACCACAUGUUGACAAGUACUUCAUCUACAGUAAAAGUAGUGGCGAUAGGAAUAACUUCCAUGGAGAAAAUUCAGCAUAGAGAUCUUCUGGAUAAUGUCAAGAAGGAAAUUCUCAUAGGCCACAAAACUGAUAAUAAAGUCCAAGGGCCUUUGGAUUCCCUUGAUAACCACCAUUCCCAUUUCAUUUUGGUGGAAGAGAGUGAGCCAGAUGGGACAACAAAGCUACGGCUCAGCUUGGAGAAAUAUAUUUCAGAGCAGCAUACCAGCUAUGGAGGAACAGGUAGCAUUGAAAUCCCAGUUCUCUGCUUACUUGUGAAUGGAAGACCUCACAUUCUUGAGCGAAUCUGCAGGGGGCUGGAAAAUUCUGUCCCUUGUCUCAUCUUGGCUGGAUCUGGUGGUAUAGCUGAUAUUUUAGCUGCAUUGAUGAAUGAGCCACACUUAAUGGUGCCACAGGACAUUGAAAAACAAUUAAAACAGAAGUUCCCCACAGAAAAUUUCUCUCAGAAUGACAUUGUUCAUUGGACCGAAAUGAUCCAAAGCAUUAUCAUCCAGGAGCAGCUUCUAACUAUGCAUGACUUUGAACAAGAAGGUUCAGAAGAAUUGGAUACAGUUAUUUUGAAAGCCCUGGUUAAAGCUUGUAAAAGUCAUAGUCAGGAAGCUCAAGAAUAUCUCGAUGAACUCAAGCUGGCUGUGGCCUGGAAUAGAGUGGACAUAGCUAAAAGUGAGAUAUUCAAUGGAGAUGUGGAGUGGAAGUCAUGUGAUUUAGAGGAAGUGUUGAUGGAUGCCCUGGUGAACGAUAAGCCAGAAUUUGUGAAAUUGUUUGUUGAUAACGGGGCCAACAUAUAUGACUUCUUAACAUACAGCCGUCUUCAGAGCCUGUACUGUAACAUUUCCCCAAAGUCUCUCCUCUAUAUGCUUCUACUUAAAAAACAUGAAGAAAACAGACUUAUUUUGGCUGGAAUGAGUGGACAACACCACAAGGAAGCGGUGGAUGCUUGCCCUCUCUUCACUCUUCAUGAAGUUUCCCGGGUACUGAAAGAUUUUCUACAUGAUGCCUGCAGAGGUUUUUACCAUGACCAAAAGAAGAAAGACAAGACAAAUGCAAGAAAGUUCCCAAGCCUCUUUGAUAUGAAUCGGAAAAGUGAAAAUCCUUGGAGAGAUUUAUUUUUAUGGGCAGUGCUUCAAAACCGACAUAAGAUGGCGCACCUCUUCUGGGCCAUGGGUCCAGAAGGAGUUGCUGCAGCUCUGGCUGCCUGUCAAAUAGUACGAGAGAUGUCCCGCUUGGAAACUGAGGCAGAAGUGGUGCGCAGAAUGAAAGAAGCAAAGUAUGAGCAGCUUGCCGUGGAACUGUUCAGCGAAUGCUAUCAUGACAGUGAAGAGCGAGCUUUUGCUUUGCUGGUGAGGAAGAAUCGAUAUUGGGGCAAAACAACUUGUCUCCACUUGGCCACAGAAGCAGAUGCCAAGUCUUUUUUUGCACAUGAUGGGGUCCAAGCAUUUCUGACAAAAAUUUGGUGGGGAGACAUGUCAACAUCCACCCCAAUUUUGAAUCUGAUCUGUGGAUUUGGGUGCCCUCUCCUGAUUUAUACUAACUUGAUUUCAUUCAGUGAGGAGACACAGUCAGUGAAAGACCCAGACUCAUUCAAAGAUCUUGGCAGCCUUGAUACAGAAAGGACAAUGCUAUCCUACACAAAAAAGAAGGCUGAUGCCAGACUAGAAGCAGAACCUGCCUCUGGGAAUAUUGCCUAUGCAACAUUUAUGUUUACACGCUGGAAAAAAUUCUGGACUGCUCCUGUUACAGUCUUUAUGGGGAAUGUUGUUAUGUAUUUUGCUUUUCUCUUUCUAUUUGCCUACGUCCUCUUAGUGGAUUUUAAAUCUCCACCUAAAGGUCCCGCUAUCAAGGAGAACAUACUCUACUUCUGGGUCUUUACACUAGUCUUGGAAGAAAUCAGACAGAGUUCCUAUACUGAUGGAGGCAUGAAUCUAAUAAAAAAAUUCAAGCUCUAUGUAGAAGAUAAUUGGAACAAGUGUGAUAUGUUGGCUAUUUCCUUGUUCAUCAUUGGAAUUGCUUGCAGAAUGUUUAAUUCAACCUUUCACGAUGGUCGAACAGUACUAGCAAUUGAUUUUAUGGUGUUCACUCUGAGACUGAUUCAUAUUUUUGCCAUUCAUAAACAACUGGGCCCAAAGAUUAUCAUUGUGGAAAGAAUGAUGAAGGAUGUUUUUUUCUUCCUCUUUUUCCUGAGUGUCUGGCUCAUUGCAUAUGGUGUGGCCACAGAAGCUUUGCUUCAUCCUGAUGACAGCCGUGCUGAGUGGAUUUUCAGGAGGGUCCUUUAUCGUCCCUACCUUCAAAUAUUUGGACAAAUUCCAUUGGAUAAAAUAGAUUCAUCUCGCAUGGAUUUUGGAAACUGCACAUUGGGUCAGCAGAAGAACCAGACGGCGAGUGACUUCUCAUGUCCCAGUGCCUACGCUAAUUGGCUGGUCAUAAUACUCUUAGUCAUUUUCCUACUGGUCACAAAUGUGCUGCUUAUGAAUCUCUUAAUUGCCAUGUUCAGUUACACUUUUCAGGUUGUUCAAGGGAAUGCAGACAUCUUCUGGAAAUUUCAGCGAUACAACUUGAUUGUUGAAUACCACGGUCGUCCUGCAUUUGCUCCUCCUUUUAUCAUUAUUGACCACAUUAAACUAUUUCUUAGAUGGGCCCUUAAGAAGACCGAACACAAAAAAGAACAUCUGGAAAGAGACAUUCCAGAAGAUCUGGAUCAAAAAUUAAUAACCUGGGAGUUGCUACAGAAAGAAAAUUAUCUGGCAAAUUUGGAAAUAAAGAAAAAAGAAAGCAACGAAGAAAAACUGAAGAAAAUGUCAGACAAGGUGGACAGCCUUUUAAAGAAUUUUAGUGGUCUAAAAGAGCAAGAGAAACAGCUUAGAUCUUUGGAAUCAAAAAUUAGCUACUCCACAGAUAUGCUUUCUUCAAUGGCAGACACUUUAGUAAAAAACAGUUUAUUUUUCAGCAGGCCAAUUUCAAACUACACACGCACUGAUCAAAUGGUUGUACCAGAAAAUGAAGAUAGGGGAGAGACCAGUCAGCUUGAAGAUGUGAUGUAUAUUGAUAACUGA